AUGACCUGGAAUAAACUCAAAACCAAACUGUUGCGGCGAUCGGGAACGGGUGAAUCCACUCCUCCUCUCCACCACCACCACCAGAAGAACCUCAUCUCCUCCCAUUCCCCUCCUCAUUCUUCCUCUUCUCCCUGUCUGUCUGCUUCUGCCACUCCGUCCCCUCUCCCCUCUGUUUCGACUUCUCGACCGUAUUCCUCCCACUCGAAGAAGAAGCCAUUGGACUCCCCUUCUCGGAGAAAUCCAAAUCCCUCCGACCGACACAGCUUUUCGCCCGAUUUGGAGCUUCCUCCCGCGUCUCCUCCGCCUACGCCUCCCACUCCCGAUAGCCUCGCGUUGCAACUCGUCUACAACCAGGCGCGGGAUCGCUCCCUCCCCGAGAAGCACUCGGUCUCCUCUCUGCAUGCCGUCGCCGAGAAGGCUUCCCAGCCGCCACUGAAUCGCGCCGUGCUCCCUUCCCCUGUCUCGUUUCCGAAGCGUCCUAGCUUGGGGGCUCGUCGUCAAUCCUUGUUCGCGCCGAACCAGCAGUUGGUUUCCUCCCUGUUCGACCCUGCGAUUGCGUCCGAUCCUCAUCCCUCCCUCAUACCUGCCAUGGCCCCGCGCAAGAUCUGGGUCAGACGCCCGGGGGCUUCGGCCACCUUGGUCCCAACCGCCGACGAUGCCUUGGUCGACGAAUUACGCGACCAGGUCAUCCUCAAAUACGCCAAUUCUCUGGGACGGACCUUCGAUGCUCCCGAUAUCACCAUCCGCAUCAGCCCCCGCGAAGGUUCCAACCGACAAACCCACCCGGAUCGGAUGUUGAGCCCAGAGGAGCCGUUGGUCGCCGUCGUGGAUUCCUACUAUCCCGGGGGUCAGAUGAUCGAGGAGGCCCUUAUCAUCGACAUUCCCUCGCGUAAAACGCCAAAGCCGUCCCCGCGUCACAGUGUCUACUACAACCAGUCUGAGCCUGGCGAACAUGGCGAAUACUUCCCCCUCAUGCCCAUCAACCCCAAUGUCCCGACCCCACCAACCCAUCCGUCCAAUUCCUCCGGGAGCGUCAGCGCCCAUCCCGCACCGUCAAUAUCGGUCCUCACCACUGGUAUGGUCCCUCCGUUACCCUCCCCCGGCAGUCGGGGCAACCGUUCGUCGCGACGUCCUCCCUUGACCCGGCAUACGACCAACUCCCCGACUAUGCUUGGUCAAGCACCUAACCCCAAAGAUCACGGCAUAUCUCCCGCAUCAAUGCCCCCUCCUCCAGCUCCCUCCGUGCCAACACCCCCCGCACCACCUCCGGAAUCUCCCCAGACUAAGACUCUGACCCCGCCAACACGGGUGGCAUCGCCCCGCCCGCGUCAGCCCAAGCCGAAGAAGACCAGCGCCCAGAGUCUCAAUGCCGCCUUUGGAGGUCUCAUCGAAGGCACAGUCCCGCCGAUCAACGUCCUCAUUGUCGAAGAUAACGUUAUCAACCAGCGGCUCCUGGAAGCUUUCAUGAAGCGGCUGAGCGUGCGAUGGAAAUGUGCGGCCAAUGGAGAGGAGGCGGUGAAGAAAUGGCGUCAGGGCGGGUUUCAUCUGGUCCUGAUGGAUAUCCAACUACCCGUGAUGAAUGGUCUGGACGCAACCAAGGAAAUUCGACGCCUGGAGCGGCUCAAUGGCAUCGGUGUAUUCCCUAAGACCGCCUCUGGCCGGUCCAGCGCCGCGGCCAGUGCCACUGCGACGUCCCCGCCGACUUCUCCCGAGGAGCGGGAUGCUCUGAAGGAGGAGGAUGCCUUGCAUGAUCUGUCGUUGUUCAAGAGUCCCGUUAUCAUUGUGGCCUUGACCGCUAGCAGUCUCCAGAGUGACCGUCACGAGGCUUUGGCGGCCGGCUGCAAUGACUUUUUGACAAAGCCGGUUCGGUUUGAAUGGCUCGAACAGAAAGUCACCGAAUGGGGCUGCAUGCAGGCGUUGAUUGACUUUGAAGGGUGGCGGAAAUGGAGAGGGUUCGCGGACUCGAACCAGUCGUCCCCAACUUCAGAAGGCCAUACCAGUCCGUUGCAGGUGGGUCAUGAGGGCUCGUUGAAGAAGUCACCUUCAGCGAUAGAAUCACCCUCUCGACGCUUGGAAGGGCGGAAAUCAAACAGCCACUCUCGUCUAGGCAAGUACGAGAUCUCCCGGGAAGACUCUUCGGGCAGUGGGAGUAUAGACGGCCCGGACUCUGCUUCCAACCACACAGCCGUUGUCAGUGCGGAGCUGUCUGGUUGA